AUGCCGGUGUGGCUGUUCUCCAUGAUUCAGUGUGUGCUCUCGGUGUGUGUGAUCGGGGUGAGCGUCAGGCUGUGCAUGGGUAAUUCUGGUCUGGAGACGUCCGGCCUGGGUAAAACCGUGUCCGGCUGCCUGAAGCUGUGCCUGGCCUGGGUGGGAGCUGUGGGGGGUGCGGUGGGGGUCCCGAUCAACAUGCUGCUGAACCUGAGGAGCCCACAGUGCCUUUACACGUGCAUCACGCUCAUCUGCUGCCCCAUGCUGAUCAGACAGUUCACUAUAUGGCUGCUGCUGCUGCUCACAAUCAAUGCCCACCUGCAGGGCCGACUGGGACACAGGUACACCAGCUUGGUAACUCGUCAGAGGAUGCUGUACCUGGUGCUCCUCACCUGGGUCUGCUCUGUGGUCACCGCCUUCGCGCAGUUCAUCGUCUGCAGCUCUCUGGACACCUGGCAGGAGGUGACGUCUGAGUUGGGUUUGGAUGGUCCAUUAAGGCCUAAUCACACCUCCCACAAACCACCCAAACUCCCGCCUUCUCAAGACCGCUCUGUGAUCGGGAAGCACCUUCCGUACGGGGGCUUCCUCUCUAAAUUCCUGGUGGAGGACCUGCACAACUUUACCUACGAGGAGAUCCACAGCAGCCACUGGGCAGUCUGUGCGCCGGACACUGUCCUCAGCCCGGUGUUCCUGGUCUACGUCUACGCAGUCGCCGUCUUUCUCGUCCCCGUCUUCGUCCUGAUGGCUGUCUAUAUAGACCUGAUGUGCCUGAUGUCUCAGAAAGUAGCCGCAGGGUCUACUGGAGUCCAGAAGAAAAACCGAGUCCAGUCCCGUUCUCUGGUUCUGUCUAUGUGUCUCCUGGUUCUCCUGUGUCUCCCCCUGCAUGUCAUCCACGCCCUGCGUCUCUUCUCUCCACAAGGACUCAGACCCAUCUGGAUAAAGUCUGUGGCCUCUGUUCUGUUCCAGGCCUACAGCUUAGUCCCUCCACUCCUGUUCACAGGACCUCCGGACCCGGUAGCUGGUGUAGUUUCCUCUCUAGAGUCGACUGUACCUCCAACCAGCUCUCGAGUGAAGCCCCUGAGCCCAGUUCCACUGGAGUUCUGUCCACCUGAGACAACACCAAAAGGCACUGUUCCUGUAGGGAUGUAAAUAUCUAUCCAUCCAUCCAUACAUACACCCAUGCAUCCACCCAUCCAUCCACCCAUCCAUCCAUCCAUCCAUCCAACCAACCAUCCAUCCAUCCAUUCAUCCAACCAUCCAUCCAUCCAACCAUCCAUCAAUCUAUUCAUCCAACCAUCCAUCCAUCCAUCCAUCCAUUCAUCCAUCCAUUCAUCCAACCAACCAUCCAUCCAUCCAUUCAUCCAACCAUCCAUCCAUCCAUUCAUCCAACCAUCCAUCCAUCCAUCCAUCCAUCCAUUCAUUCAUCCAACCAUCCAUCCAUCCAUCCAUCCAUCCAUCCACCCACCCAUCCAUACAUCCAUCCAUACAUCCAUCCAGGUGCACGUUUAUACUGAAAUUAUUAUGAGUUUAAUCUUGUACUAUUACAGAUUUAUUCUCACAAUAUUAUGC